AUGGAUCUCCAAGAUACUCCUGCUAACUUUAAGGAGCUGAUGGGAUUUGAAGCCAGGAAUGAAGCCGUUUAUGAUGAGGAAUCGAACGGAAGCGUGCCCAACAUUCAGGUAAGUCGAAUGAACGCUGGGUUAUACAUGUAAAAUUUUAUUUAGAAGAUUACGAAAGGAAAUAAUGUUCUUCCACUGUGGGGAAAUCUUGCCACGAUGAAUUUAAACACCUUACUCUUGGAGAAUGUUGUUCAGAGUGCGUAUUACAAAAAUGUAUUGACCGAGUUAACCAAUUUCCAGCAAGUCGUCGACCAAAUUUUACAUAAGGUGAUAUUUUUUAGUUUAUUAUCUUUUGUUUAGGUAACUCACUUGGAACCAUGGGAAAGAGGGACCAGAAAAACAUUUGGGAUGGGUGGAAUGUGCGGUGGAGUUAGAGGGGUUGGUGCUGGUGGAGUGAUAUCCACUUGUUUCUGUGUGUUGUACAAAUUAUUUGCGCUGAAAUUGACGAGGAAACAAUUGGUAUCAAUGAUUAACAGCACUCAGUCAAUCAUGAUGAGAGGUGUUGGGUUUUUAUAUAUUAGGUACACCCAACCUCCAAGCGAUUUCUGGUGGUGGUUUGAGCCAUAUUUGGUAAGAUUGGUAUAUUCUUUCUUGUAAUUUAUAGUGGUUCUUUUUAGGACGACACUGAAGAGAUUGAUCCCAAAGCUGGGGGUGGAGAUUAUCAGACGGUUGGUGAUUUUGUGAGGACAUUACUGUCUAAACUGGAUUGGUAUGGCACUUUGUUUCCUCGAAUUCCUGUUCCUAUUCAGGUAACUGAAAAUUCAAGCGCUUUUUGCGUUUAGAAGGGCAUCGAACUCUCUUUGUGUUUAGAAGGACAUCGACGCGAAAUUACAUCCACGGCAUCAACGGGAAUCCCCUAGGGAGACUGUCAGAGAACGAUCUAGAGAAGUAAAGGAUCGCCCUAUCAAGAAAACGCGCUGUGCCCACCAUCUACGACAUCAUCAUUGUCGGAAACACCGAAAAAGAUGUCCGAGGAAGGUACAAGCAGAGACAAAGCUUGAAGAAUGA